GUCUCACUCCGCUCCGUUUUCGACUGUUCAUAUAAAGGAGACGGUCCUGUUGCACAUGCGCAGUGUGUAUCAGUGGUCCUCUCGUACAUGCGCAGUGUGUAUCAGUAGUUCUGUGAAGAUGGCUGCGCCCGUGGACCUGGAGCUGAAGAAGGCCUUCACUGAGCUGCAGGUGAAGAUGGUCGACACGCAGCAGAAGGUGAAACUGGCCAACCUGCAGAUUGAUCAGCUGACCCGUGUUCAGAAACACGCUAAGCUGACACACGCAGAGAUCACCACGCUGCCCGACAACACGCGACUCUACGAGGGCGUGGGACGCAUGUUCAUCCUCCAAUCAAAGGAGGAGAUCAGUAAUCAGCUGACGGACAAACAGAAGACGGCUGACGAGAAGAUCAGAGAGCUGGAGCAGAAGAAGUUGUACCUCGAACGCAGCGUGAAAGAAGCUGAAGACAACAUCAGAGAGAUGCUGCUGUCCAGGAGAGCCCAGUGAUCAGUACACCUGAUGGAUACACCUGAUCACUGAUCGAUACACCUAAUCACUGAUCAAUACACCUGAUCAAUACACCUGAUCACUGAUCAAUACACCUGAUCACUGAUCGAUACACCUGAUCACUGAUCAAUAAAACUCCCGUUUUUCACAAUAAAAUGUUCAAAUUUCA